CGCCGGGUUUAAGUUGUAGUUUCACUUUAAAAAUGUCCGUUGUUUCAUAUCCAUGAACGCCGAAAUAUGAUCAAAACUAAUAAGCUUCUAAGGUUAAAAACGAAAACAGGCCGACUUCUUGAUGUUGUGCGGGAACACUAUUUGCGGAAAGAUGUUCCUUGCCACAGUGAAGUUUGUGCAGUUUGCGAACAAGGUAAGUAUGCGUUUGCAAGCAGAGUAAGCUACAGUCAAUCUUUUGAAGUUGUUAUCUUAGUUACAGAAUAAUAUAGUUCAGUAUCACACACUUUAAUUUAAUUCGUUAUUUAGGUAACGGAGCUUUGCUUUGUAAAUCACUGACUCAUUACGUUGUUCCUGAUUGCCAGGUAAGUUGAGUUUGUUUACCGCACUUUGACCGAUCUUGGCCUAAGCGUUGUUAGACUUGUGCAGAGUAAACAUUUCAGCAAUAUUUCCGUAUAACACCAUACUUUAUUGUGCGAACAGUUCUUUGACAAAAAAAAUAAUGGCGAAAGCAAUAGAUUGCAUUUGAAAGCAAGGCUUUGUAACAGUUUGUAGUCGACUGUAGUAUGGAGUUACACCUUUCAAACCUGUAGCCAGCUUGUUUUGGACAUCGACUCGAAAAUUGCUGGUGGUGGUCUUGGUAUUAUGCCCUGACAUAUCACAUGAACUUUCCGAACCGAUGUUUUUCUUGAGGCUAAAAUUUUUCCUGAGGGCCAUCCAUCAAAGGCGAUUUUACGGUGUGAAAUGGAUGAUAAGAAAGAAAAAAAUCACAAAUGCUUUGCAAAUGGCCAUGCUCCGCAGACAGAUACUGGGCAUUUGACGAGGUUUGAUUUGGAGUUCAAAUUGAUAUCCUCACAUCCUCAGGGAUUUUAGUUUGCAAGUAUUUACUAAUAGGUAAUUACAGGCACUGAUGUGAUGGUUGGACAGAGAAGGCAUUCAAGUUUUGAAUUAAAAAAAAAAAGAAAAAUAAUUAGUUGUGUUAGGACAAGAACAACACACAAUUAAGACACACAAUUAAGCCAAAUGAUAGGGUUAAUUUCCUUGAGCUAAUUCUUUGGUGUUUUAUUUCAGGUUUCAAGGCUGUUUCUUGAAAUAUUUGAGAGCAAAGAAAUUCAAGGAGUAAUUUUCUUUGAAACAGUGGUUAAUCAUGUAAGAACCUAACACCUUUUUUGUGCAUUUUGCAGAAUGUAGAUGGAUAUUUUAUAGCAGAUAUUUAAGAAUUUUUUUCAUGCUUAGCAUGCAUAUAUUGAGUUACAGAUGCAUGAGGGGAGUUUGGAGAGCACCAAAAAUGUGUAAGAGUAGCUCGAGGCACAGCUGAGAGCAACUCUAGCUUUUUGAGUGCUCUCUAAACUUCCCAAGUACAUCCAUAACUCAAUAUACGCACAGCUAAAAGCAUGAACAAAUUCUUUUAUAACAGAGCAAAAACAAGGAUCUGCAUGAAGAAGUCUUUUAUUGUGAUAGAGUGCAAAAUUCUCACAACGCACAAAAAAAGUAAACAAACGUACCUAUUGGCUGGUCAAAAAUACACCACAUUUUAUACUUUGGUUUGAGCAAGAACAUUUGAUCUAGUUUACGGCCAAAAUUUGCUGCAGCUGGUCUUCCCACAAAUUUGCAAAACAUGCAACUUGCAAGUUUUUUUCCUGCUUUAUUUUUGUUGCUUGUUGGAUCAGGACCUAAAAGGUCAAUGCCAAUAGAAAAAUUGGGCAGUUCUUUGCUGGUUUCUUCCAUAUUGCAAAGAGAAGGAAAACUGCACUGCAGCUUAACAAGACAGAAACUCUGAAGCCAGUUUAAAAAAAUGCUCAUGUCAUCUUAUUUACACACAGGCAUGCGUAAAUAAAGAUUUGUUCAAUGCAGCUUAAUAGGACUUAUAUAUGGCAAGCACAUGUGCUAUGUUAUAAAUGUUUCAUUUUCAGAAUUAAUGCUUAAAGGUGUAAUAAAACAUCACACAUAAGAAUAAGCAAGUACAACGUUUGAUAAUAUGCUUUCUUGUCAACCUAUUUUAUUGUCUUAUCAUGAGUAAAUUUCACUUUCAGUUUUCUAACUCUAUUGUACUGAGCUAAAAAGGCCAAGAACACAUUUACUUUUAGUUAUGAGUGGAUAUUCCUUUAGCAUAUAAGUCAAUGAAUGCACUUGCACAUGAAGCACUUCUGUAAAUGUUUUCAUAGGUCCAGCAUCAAGGAGGGAGAAAACUUCAAUCUCAAUUAAAAGAUAUUGUGAACGAUAACAGGCAGCAGAGCAUCAUAUUCAGUAAUGAGUUCUGUGAUGGGGCUUAUGUUGCCAGGGAACCCAGGGAGUCUUUGGAAGAGUGGCAGUGGAGGUGAAGCUAUGUUGAGGACAUAGACUGAUUUAAAAUUUGUGACCAUUUAAUUAUUUUUUUCACUUAAGAUGAGAAGUAUGGUCAAUUAUUAGAAAUUUUGUCCAAAAAAAACUUGUCAGUUUUGACAGCAGAGUGACUUCAUAAGCUUUGAAGGCACAGCAAUAAUUUUUGCAGUCAGAACUUAUACAAGUUUACUUGUAUAAGUUUACAACUUAUACAAGAAAAAAAAUGCAGAACAAAACAAUUCAAACCACAACAUUGUUUUUUAGAUAUUUUUUCAUAUUCAUUUGAUGUGUAAAGUUUUCUAGAAAGCUUUGACUACUGUUUUGUUAUUUUUUUCAUCUCCACACUCAAGAGAGGUUCCUUUUUCUUUGAAGGUGCAUUUACACUGGUGCUGUUUGGUAUUAUAAUCAUUUAAACCAAGCUAUGCCCCUUGUGAUCUUAACAGAAGACCAGCAGGUAACAUAUACACCAUACAUGUACAGCUCCAUCUCCUUUGUGCAUAAUGUAGUACAACACCAACAUUUUGUUUUCUCAGCAACUUUUAAGUUUUAUCUGUAUAUUGAUAUAAAAUCCUCAAUAUACAAUAUAGAAGUUGAUUUAAGAGUAGCAUCUUUGUUAGAUACUGUAAUUAGGCUUAAUCACCUCUGAAAUUUGUACCUUAAGGUGCAAACAUGGUCAGUGAUUUGAAAGAAAAAUGUAACAACACUAUGUAAUAUGAUGGGGGCUUCCCAUUGAGUGACUUUUAUGAUGAACCCUUCACACCCUAUCACCAGGAUCCAUAUUCUCCAUACUGUUCUCUAUACAUUACCCAAGGUGCUGAAAAGGAGAAUUUGUUACACAAUCAAGAGUUUCUUUUGCUGUUGAUCAUUAUUUUCCUUUAUCCUAACUUGUACCUUAAUGUUUGGUUCAGGGGUGAUAUUGUAUGGAGAAACUAGAUGCUAGGCACUCUUUUAAAGCCAACAGAUUGAAUCUAUAAUCUAGGUAAACAGAUUGGAUAAAAUCUACAUUUAAAUACAGUUAGUUUUAAGUGUGUAUGUUUUUUGGGAACAUUUUCCUAUAUGUAUGUUGGCAGAUUGUGGAAAAGUAUGGAAACAAGUCUGCAGGAGUGUUUAUCAUGAGAACUGAGGACUACCUUACUGAUUUCUAUCCCUCUUUUCAAUCAAUUCUGGAGUUGUAUUAUUCCCUGGCUGCUGUAAAUAAUGAAGCAAAUGAAUCAGGUAAGACUGAGUGUACCCUAAAUUUGAUAAAAAUUAUAUUGAUCAGCCUUAAGCACCCUUUCAUUCUUUUUGGGAGUAGCUUGCACAACUGGAAUGAUUUCAGGCAGAGGCAAAUGAAUUUUGAAGCCGUGAUAUUAGUUUCAGAUUGAUAAGAUCAAGUGAAGGUUGGAGUGAACAAAAUUGUAGGACAAACACUAAGGGAGGAAGGUGAUUGGGAACAAAAUCUUGGGAGUGGAGACAUUUUCUGUACCAACUCUAAAGAUGAAAUGGGUUCUGCACUUUGGUUCUUAGUGUUGACAACUAAAUUUCCCUUGUCAAGAAUCUCAGUUGAAAAACAAAAGAAAAUGAUAUGUUUUAGAGAAACAUUAAUUGAUAUGUUUGUUGUUGUUGUUGGUUGAUUUUUUUAAAUAAUUUUUAAAAAAAAUUCAUUUUAACUUAAGUUUAUACUCAUUGCAGUGAGUGAAGCAUCCACAAAGGAAUAUCAAGAAUACUUACCAGCCGAAGUUCUUGAAGCUGGAAUUAAAGCUGUAAGAGAGAGAGAUUUUUUAAUGGAAGAGUUACUAUUAAUAAUGAUGAUUAAUUUUUACCAGCAUUCUUUCACAAAUGCUUAUUAUAAAUAUAAUUGGCUUUGUUAGCAGCUAACUAUUCCAUGAUAGAUUAACAUGUCUGCACACCUUAGUGAAUAACCCUUCAAGUCCCAACAGUGGCAUCUAAUUUCUCCUAACAAUAUUACUGCCUGAUCAAAUGCACAGUUUAUGAGAGUGAAUGAAAUGAUCACCAAAGAUGAAAUGUCUGGAUUUUUGAACAAAUUCUCUCAAUCAGUUAAAUAAGAAACAUGUGGAGAACAGUGAUGGGAAUAUACAUGUUGAUAUUGGGAUUUAAAGGGAUAAAGUGAGUGGCCUAUUGGUGUGCGGUUGUAAACAAAGUGAAACAACUCUUGUUUGUUUUACAUGAUAGCUGAUCAACUAUGCAUAUCAUGCCUUGGAAACCUCAAGCUUUUAAUCCCAUUGUUACUGUAGAAAUGUCUUUCCUUACCAAGGGUCGUUUCUUGCAAGGAUGUCUCAAUGUCAACAAACAUUGUGCACAAGAUGAGGCAUUUGUUCAAAAGUCAGGGUAUGUUAUGUUUCCUCUGUUGUCAAUCUAUGAUAUCAUUACAUUUAAGUGCAGCUUAUUCAAGUGCAUGAAGUUAAAGUUUGUACUAAAUGAACUUGAAUACCAAGAGAGGAAGGACUAAGGGCCCUGUGAGAGAAAGCUUACCUUGAAUUAAAAUGAAGUUUAUGUUCUCACAUUUCAAACUGUUCUAAAGACAUACAUUAAUUUUGCACAUAUACUAUACUCAUCCAGCUAUAAGCUGAUGUAGGCAAGAAUUUGGGACCCUUAAUGCUUGGAAUCAACCUAACCAACAUGAAUAAUAAAACAAGAACACCCAGCUUAUUUUUGCAAAUAAUCAAUUGCAUUACAUUAUCGUUUAACAGUGAUUUUCUUAAUUCUUAGCAAGGGUAUGUCAGACAGUAAGGACUCACUAGACUCUGAUGUACUCAUCACUGGCAUGUUGAAUAGGUAAGCAAGUGUUUGCAAAUCUGCAGUAACUGUCAAUCAUUUGGUCAAUAUUAGACUAAUAUUGGCAACUGUGUGACAAACUUUUGAGGGAGGCUUGCAUAAUGCCUGGAACACCUUUUUUAAAUAAUACAUGAAAUGGAGACUCAAAAAUGAAAGAAAAUAUCAGAAACAAUGUCUGAUCGCAUUCUGUGGUGUUAGAACUAAAUGGGAAUGAUAAUAGACAUAUAUGUUGUUAAAAAGAAAAUGAAAUAAAAUCUCUUUGCUGCCCUACAUCCAAUCUCAUAAACUAGACUUAGUAAACAGGUGUAGAAAAAAGAAAAAAAACUUUGCAAAGAAAAGUCUGACUCAUCCUUGAGACCCAAGUAUAGGGAUGAUAUCAACUUGAAGACCCCACUCUGCAGAACUUCCCUGAACAUCAUUUUGGACUUUUGAUUGAUUACUCUACCAUUUAAGCCUGAGUACAGUACAGUUGUAUGUUUUCACUGCAACCUUUGAAGUUUAAAUUUACCACAAUUUACAAUUAUUGCAUACCUUAUGUAAUUUUAACACACCUGUUGAUGCAGCCCUGUGGGUUUGUAUGAACAACGAAAUGUCAACUCAAAAUGCUUUUUUUUUUAUAUACUAUUUAGUUUAUGUGUACUCACUUUAAUCCUUUAAUUCCCAUGAGUGACCAAGACAGAGUUUCUCCUUACAAUAUCAAUACAAUACCAACCUGUUGAGUGAUGAGGAGAAAGAAAAAUGUCAAUAAUGGGAGUAUUAGUUUAUCUAAUUCCAAAUUCUUUGUACAGACAUCAUAAGAAUUGUAUGGCAUACAGUAAGGGGAAUUACAUAAAAGAUCUUGGAGUGAAAGGGUUAAGCAAGUCUACAGUCUUGUAUAGCCACCCAGAUUGAAGUGCAAUGCUCAGUAACAUUUUGUGGUUUCAGAAAUCGGGCAGUGCAUGGUGAUAUUGUAGUGGUGGAAUUAUUUUCCAAAUCUCAGUGGAAGGGCAGAUCAAUGGCUAUUAGAAGCAGUGAUGAAGGUGUGAAAAAUCUUAAGUUAAUACUUGAAAUGUAGAAAUGCUUUUAAGCCUUAAGGUGCCACUUUUUAUCCUGUCGUGUCCAGAGGCUUAAAACAGCAGUCUACUUAUAGCCGGUACUUUGUAGGUCUUGACAACUUUAAUUCUGGUAAAUUCAGCUAAUGCCGCCAUUAGCUUCCAAGCAGUGGGGAGGACAGAUACUUAUCACAUUUAGGGAAACAUGACUGAAAGAAACCUCUUAACAGUCUGGUGCUUACACCCUCAAAUCAUUCAGUAUUGUGGAACUCUGAUGCGUUCAAUCAAAUUCUGUGAACACAUGAAUACAAACUGCACACCUAAAUAAUACAAGUGAUGGCCUCUAUUUAGGUGCAGACGAGUCUAGAGAAGACCAAAGUGACGUCAUGCCAACUGGCCGUGUGGUGGGAGUGGUGCAAAGGAACUGGAGAGAUUAUGUCGCAAGUUUUGCUGAAAAUGAGGUAAAUACUUCUUCAUAAACCAACAUGUUCAGCUGUCCACCGUGAGUUUCACUCGUUUCGUCAAAUCUCAUCUCAGAGUGUGCCAUUUCCUAUUGAAAGUUCUUAUUUUCUUUAGGCUCUCAUGGGUUCAUUGUGUUGUUGACCCGUGUUUUUAUUGGCUGUUCAGAUUACCUUGGUUUUGGUUUUUACGAAUCUUAAUCGAAGAGCUCUCCGAAAAACAAAUGACUGCUGAGAUUCAGCUUCAGUUAAUCCUUAAUAUUCAAACCCUCGGUUUUACAAACUUGUGGCAACUGGAAUCACUUCCCUUUCUCAUCAAAUAACUGUAAAUGUAGUUCUUCCUUCGAUAUUCGAACCUUCUGAUUAUUCCAACCAAUUAACAACUUACCCAAGAUUUUACCAAAACUGGGGAAUUGUAUUGUACAGAAUUACAGCUGAGUUAGUAGCUUCGUUGUUAAGGUUACUGCUUAGGUAGGUCUAAAAAGAAAGAAGCUUUUUCAUGUUGAGAUUGCCUCGUUUCUGUAAAUUUUCAGGAAACCCAGGGUUUAAGGAAACAAGCUGGAAAGGUAAAUGAUUUUUGCUGUAUGCGUAAACUUCCAGGAGAGAGUAACCGCCGAAUAGCCUGUCGCAUAAAGCUGCUUCUCGGAGAAGAUACACGGACACUUCGUUGAAAACCACUCCUUCUCUCAUUAUACAUGAAGUUUUAAGUGGUCAGGCAGAUACGUGAAUAUGAAGUAGCAAGGAAACACCCUCCCCUUCAACCUUGGACACCCGAAUAAAGAAUUUUGUGUCAUAGUUGCACACAGUCUAAUAAGUAUUCAACAUUGAACGAGGGAAUGGAGGGUCGCAUGUGGAAAUUGGUUGAUUUUAGGGAUUUGUAACAAAUUUUGUUCAAGACUGCAUUAAUAUUUGAAGUGGACACACGGGUAGGUGGAUAUGUUAGGCUUGCAGUGGCAACGACCAUCCCUCCCGUAGUAAUAUUGGAAGUUGAACUCGCAGUGGAUAGGCGGGAAUGACGCCUUGAGAACAAGAAAUUUUAUGAACUCAAUGCAUGCUUAGCUUACAUCGACUGUGUAUCCACGCGUAAUCGUAUCCAAUCUGAUCAUAGGCUAUCUGACCGCGUAUGAAGCCCCAUUAAGGGUGCAGGUUCAAAGUGACUGGGUAUUCAGUACGUUAAGCUUCACCCCUCCUUCCUCUUUAGACCAAACCCUAACUCCAUUUUUUUUAAGUUUACUUUUGAUACCAGGGUGAACCAAUACUCAGUCUAAUUUUAAUUUUUGUGUUGACUCAGGUCGUUGUGGUUCCAUGGGAUUACCGUAUACCCAAGAUAAGAAUAAGUACGCGUCAAGUUGACAGCUUGCGAGAUCACAGGUUGGUUCAUAACAAAACGUUUUUCUCAACUAACGGACCUCCAUAACAACGAUAUGUUUUUUUCGCCUUUGAAGGACGGGGAUUGCUUUGGGUUACUCUAUGCAUGAAACCUUACUCGUUCCUGUAAGGUGUGUUGAAGGAAUUAGAGAAACGCGUCUUUCAGGUUUCAUGGGCUCUUUGUACUGAUUUCUUUUGUUUAAAUAAGCUGCAUAACGGACGUUCGACAUUAACGCAUGAAACGCGCAUCAAAGAGAGCGGACACGUGGACGAAAGAGAGCACACUCGCAAGGGAGAACUCUUCCUGGUGAUGAUUUCCUUUGUUUUAAUAAGUUGCAUCGAGGGCGUUCGACGUUAACGCAUAAAAAGUGCGCAAAAGUGAGCAAACACGCGGGCGAAAGAGAACUCCUUUUGUCCUACGCGCGUCUGAAUCCAAAAUACUUACAUGCUAUUUUUCUAUUUGGGUUUUUAUGAUUACUUUUUUUUUUCAGUUUCGCGACAUUCGGUCGAGAAAUUGAGGUCUAUUUGGUAUGAAAACUACAGUCCAGUUUUCUAGUUCUGUUCUGUCGGCAUUUCGGUCAAUUUAAGGAAUAACGACUUGAAGCAUUUUCGCACGUUAACAACCACCGUGUCGUGGCACUGCUGUAUCGGACCAUACUUAAACUGAGUUAGCGUUUACUUGUGAGGAUGACUGUCACCCAGUUUGUUACUGCCGCCAACAGGAGUCCUUCUCAAGACUGCCUUAGAGUCCGUCACACGGGUUAUCCACAUGUGAUCGAUUCUCUUACCUCCGCUCUCAAACCAUUUCUUUUCUAAAACAGAAUUGUCGUUAGGAUCGAUUUAUGGGAGGUGAACUCUAUGUACCCUAGUGGACAUUUUGUUCGUUCGUUGGGCCCCAUUGGCGACCUAGAGACCGAGGUUCAAGCCUUGAUGGUGGAGCACACCCUUGCAGCGCCCUCAUUCACUGAAGCACAAGUGAAGGAGCUUCCCACCAACACAACAAAGAGCCCCUGGGUAAUGUCUGAGGCGGAAAUAGCAAAAAGGCGAGAUUUACGGUGAGCAUCAUACAAACGUCAGUUUUAAAGCGUAUGCACCAUCAACAUUUGGAUGAUAAAAGCGCUCUGCUUGUUUCUUUUGUUUUAACUCAACAGUAACUGUUACUCUUCUCUUUAAAUUUCCUUUGGAAGUUUAGGUUUUUUUUUUUUCAAGAAACAAUGGGUAUCUUAUCGUAUAGUCUGGCGUUCCGUUCUCUUCGCAACAACAACUGUGGACAUCGAGUGUGUAUAAGUUGUACGGUUGCGACCGAAUCUCAGUUAAAUGAGUGAAGAGGGAAAUUUCUUGGCAAAGAGUGAUCUUUCACUGGUUAUAAAGAAAAAUGGUAAAGUCGCACACUCUGGUGUGAAUCUUGAGUUAUAAAGGUUAGGUGAUUCUAAACAAAGCAAUUUCUCUUUAUCGUCCGCUAUUUCUAACCGUUUUUGGGUGAGCUUAACAUUAUUAUCAAUAGUAUGAAGAAUUUCUGAGUCAUGACACAAACUCGUGAGAAAAAUUUGAAUAGACCAAUUUUCAUUUUUCUCUUUUCUUUAUUAGAAAAUCGCAUUUGAUCUUCAGCAUUGAUCCAAAAGGAUGCGAAGAUGUCGAUGAUACUCUAUCUGUCAGGUAAUGUUCUGUGCACCACACUCUAAGAAGUAUUAACAGGGUGAAGAUGAAUUCUAUUUUCAACCCUUUUAGUUUUAUAUUUGAUUGCUUUGAUAACGUACUGCCUUGCUACACCUUUUCCAUUUACUGCACAAGCUAAUAGGUGUUUGGGAAAUCAUAGGUGAAAGGCCCAACUCUCUAACUCCUGAGAUCAAAUUAGUAACUCUACCUCUCAGCUUCUAUACUUUUUCUGGUAAAUUCUGUCGAAGAAUUUGGUGUCAAAGUAUCACCUUCCAGCAAAUAGGUUUGUUUAUUCCCAUUUUAUUGGAUAUACAGUUGACCAUGUCGGGAAAAAAUUACGUGAUGUUCACUUCUGGGAGAUAAAGGAAUGAUUCAGAUCAAAGUAUGCCAUAGAAUUGAAGAAGUUCGUGCCUAAAUUAAUUUUGUGACAAUAUCUUUAUUUCUUCUCUUCACGGUUGCAUGUUAUAUACUUCGAUAAGUACAUUUUUACAUGUGUAAAUUCUAACUCUUAUUCCAAAGACCUUCCAAUCUUUGUAAUUAUUUGUCAACAGAACACUGAAACGUGGGCAGAUCGAACUCGGUGUUCAUAUUGCAGAUGUGUCUCACUUUGUCCGACCAGGAUCUUUGACAGACGCUGAGGCUAAAUCCAGGUACACGCUGUCCACAUAGUUCACAGCGAUAAAACAUAAGAAAAUUCUUGGUAUAAGACUGACUCAUAUUCAUGCAGCCGCUGCAGCGUAACCUGGCAUUCACGGUAUGAUUCCGCUGGGAGUAUGGGCACCAGUACUCUUCCUGGAUUGAAUGCUAGUCCAUCACAGGUUACUUCUUCCUCCUCUCCCCACCUAUUGUAUUUCGUCCCUGACGAUUCAAUUUUAUUCAAGAGCGAAUUUCGACUGAGUGUUGUAAAACCAAAACCACAGUGAUUAUAACAGCCAGUCAUAAAAAAGGAAAUAUCAUAUCAAGGCAAAAAUAAUUCAAAUUAAAAAAAGCAAAUUACCCCAAGCGCGGGAAAACGCAUGUGACCAAGUCGUGUUUAGAUUUAGUUUUGAAUUUGAUUGGUUGAGAAAGUGGCGGGAGUUUUCUGAACCAAACACAGCGUGAAGAAAAUCAAAACCAAAGUUAUCCCGGAUAAAUUUCGACACUCGAAUGAAAAUUACACUAACAUUUAGUGGCACUGUCAGAUGAAAGUGUCUUGUCUAAGAACACUGUGAAAUGAUUGAAACUACGGUUCAAACCUGAACACUUCAAGUCCAACGUACUAACCAUAAGGCCAAUGAAUCAACCUUUCUCUCCAUGAUAAAAAAUUCAUGGCCCAGCAAAUUGUAAAAUGUAGUACCAAACAGUCUGGGAUUAGAGGUGCGUCUGAGAAAUGUACUAUGCUUGUUCCUGUCACCCUGUCAUUACUAUCAACUAUUGUGCCAUUACUUUUCUGGUCGUUUUUAAAGCUUCCUUAUAUUUCGAUGUUACACAAGGACGUCACACAGUUGCGAGUGUUGUUAUUCGUGUGUAAAAGCAUCAUAACAACAUUUGCCUAGCACGCCCCUGAGCUCACGAUUUUUCAGCAGACGUUUCUUUUCUUUGUGCAACAGAUCUACCACUGUCUACCUGGCUGAUCGAAGGUUUGACAUGUUACCAGAAGUGCUAAGCGCUGAUUUGUGUUCACUGAUCGGAGGUGUUGAUAGGUAAAGUUGCAUCGUUUCGGUUCCCCAGUUAGGAAAUAAAUUGACCGUCUCUGAUAGUUUGGUGGAGUCCAUAAGGUAUCUCUGUCCAUUCCUGACAGCUGCUGCGGCACAGACUACGCUUUAGGACUCUCUAUUGGUUUCUGUUGGUUGUUUGGUUUUCUCUUAACAUCCGAUUUGUAGCUCUUUAUUCUAACCACUUGACAUGGUCUUCACAAUAAGUUACAAGAACGUGGUGUUGUAUCAAGAAAUAGUUUCUAAAUGCCAAGUUUUUUUUCAGUAUGAUAGCUUGUAUGCUGGACGAUGUAAUGAUAUCCAGGAAAAGUUACAUUUUCAGUUCGUCGGGAGGUGUUUUUCCCAUUGCUCUUUAGGCGUCUCCAUCAUCUUCCUUAGGUCCUUAAGUUAGGGAAUUUUAAAAGUUCAUGUCUGUGGCGACCAUGGUUUUAAUUAUUCGAGUGUUUUAACAGGUAUGCUGUUAGUGUUAUGUGGGUUUUGGACUCGGAGUUCAAUGUUUUGAAGACAUGGUUUGGUCGUACGGUCAUACGAUCUUCCUACAAGCUGUUUUACGAGGUAAAUUAUAUCUCGUGCCAUUUUAGUUCUUGUUUUGGUGAUUUCAUGUCGAUAAGGCUUGGACACAAUUUUCUUUGAUUCUGUAAUAACACCCCCGGCUUGAAGAAUAGACAAAAGCCUACUCCAAAAUAGCGGUGGAAAACUAAAAAUCCUAAAUAUUAAACCAGGUAGGCCAUUCAUCCCUUUUCCCCAAAUAGCUAUUAGGUAUUUGUAGAUGCACGUUUCCAGCUUUAAAGUAUAAAAAGACAUUUUGGAUAAGGUGACCUUAAGGAGUUUGUUCUUUUACUUUCGUAGGCAGCGCAAGCCAUUGCUGAUGGAGAGACAAGCGAUGAUGACCUCAUAAAAGACAUUCCUGAAUUACAAGAAGUCGAUCGAACGGAAGCAUCUAAAAGGUUCUUUUACAUUCCAUUUCUGGCAGAUUUCCCGCCAGAAAUGUAUACAUCGUAUUGGAAAUGUAAACCGUAAGACAAAGAUAUAACCAAACUAAGAAUCACUAAACGGCGAGUUCUGAUGUGAAAAGAAGAAAACGAGUAGCUUGAGUGUUGAUUAUGUGUGUGAUUGUUGAGUUUGAAUGACAGUGGUGGUUCUCACCGUUCAGUGACACAUGUUUCCAUAUUACCUACAGAGAUAAAGAGCACGUUUGAUUUUAGGACAAUUUUCUGUAGCGUAGAUUACGCAAAUCCUUACAGAUAUGCUUUUUUUGGCGUUUUUUUUCCCGAUAGAUUGUCAGAAAUUCGAAAAACGGUGACGAAACUUAUGGAUAUUGCAAGAGUUAUUAAGACAAGAAGAACAAUUCAUGGUAACUUUUCUGUUUCGUACUGAGUUAUAAAUUGCUGUCACCAGUAGUAGAGCUCAUAGUGCGAAUGAAGAAAAUUUGCUAUACUACGCUUUGUGGUUGGUUCAGAAAAUCGCUUCACCUUCCCGACCAAUCAGAUUCAAACUUUAAACUUAGUCGUGAGCAUAAAUCCAUUACGUUGUUGAUAGAGCUCAAUGCCGUCUUACAUUUAUCAUGGCUCUCGGGAGUAUGGAAUAGCUUACAAAUUACGUUUUAAGGAUAUUUUGAAAAUUUGUUGUUUUUGAAAAAGAGAAACUAACCCUAAUAGGGCUUUGUCUCUCCUUCUUGACAUCAAAUGUUGACUGUUAAGAAGGUAUCAAUAGUAAUGUGAUCAAUACUGUUGUCAAAAAGCCAAAUUUAUUCUUAAACAGUACUGGUCAGCUGCAUUCAUAUACAUGUAGUAGUCACUGAGUGUCAGCAUAGAUGAACUGUACACCAGGUAUCAUGGUCUAAUUUUUCACAGGAGCCCUGGAGCUGGAAGGUGUUGAAGUUCAAGUCCAGCUGGGUGAUAAGAAGGACAUUAAAGAUUUAAUUCCUAAAAAGGUGAAAUACAAAAUGCAUAUACUUUAGUGCGAUUUACAGUGUACUUUGUGUUGUUCAGGGGUUUUUUUUACGGCUUCAGGUAAAAUAACGAGGAGCCUUAUUCCAAUUUUGUCUGACUAUUUAUACUGUUCUCUUCACAUUUUCUAUGGUACUGACAAGAAGAAUUUGUUUGACAGUCAUAAGCUCGUUUAGUUGGUGAUCAUUUCCUUUAUUCUCAUGACCUUAAUGUUUGAUUCAGGUGUGAUAUUGUAAGGAGAAAUAAGAUGCUAGUCACUCUUAGGGGUCAAAGGGUUCAAGAGCUUCUUCAGUUGGUGAUCAUUUCCUUUAUUCUCAUGACCUCAAAGUUUGACUCAGGGAUGAUAUUGUAAGGAGAAAUAAGAUGCUAGUCACUCUUAGGGGUCAAAGGGUUCAAGAGCUUCUUCAGUUGGUGAUCAUUUCCUUUAUUCUCCCGACCUUAAUGUUUGAUUCAGGGGUGGUACUGUAGGGAGAAAUGAGAUGCUAGUCACUUUUAGGGAUCAGAGGGUUAAGGAAAAAACAUUAUCUUGCUGAGAUGUUGCGCAUGCGUCAACGUAAUGCGCGUGUAGAAGGCAUACAGCCUUACUGACUCCAUCCUGAAUUGUAACGAGAGUAUUUAAUUAUGAAUAUUAUUUUCGCAGCCCUUAGAAAUCCAUGAAACUGUGGCGGAGUGUAUGAUAUUUGCUAAUCACUGGGUCGCUAAGAAGAUUGCGGAAGCUUUCCCAAGUGCAGCUCUGGUAAGGUGGAAGUCACCUUAACUGAAGUUUCAAACAUUCAAGUGAAUUUCUUUUUUCAUGAUGGAGACUUUUCAUUAACAAGAGCUAAUUCUAGCUUGUACUUUUUAUAGUUACGUCACCACCCGUUGCCAAGGAAACAGCACUUCUCAAACCUUAUACAUUGUGCAGCCUCUAAAGGAUUUUCCAUCGACACAAGGUACCGUCCGAACAGAAUCCGAGUAAACGCAAAGAUAACACAAUCUUGUACAUCAAGUGUUAUAGAAAGAUGCUGUUGAUUCCAUUUUUGUGGUCGAAAAACAGAAACCGUUCCUAGCGAUCUAUCUGCUUACCCUCCUACGCACCCCUCCCUUCCUUUUAAAUAAUUCAUCCCGUUAUCUACUAAAUCGCCAAAUUCUCUUUGUACUUACCUUCAUACCUAUUUCUCUACCUACGUUCGUCCGUCAAUGAUUUUUUCACCAUAAUUUCAGCUCCAAUAAAUCUCUGGCAGACUCGCUCGAUGAGUGCGUUGACCCUCAGGAUCCCAACUUCAACAAGGUACCCAGCCUUAAACGUAUUGGUAUGAUGCUUCGAAAAAAUAAUCUUAAACUGUUGCCAAGCCUUUGAGCAGGAUUGAGGCUAGAGGUGACCUUAAUGUGACAGAGAUGGGUUCUUAUUCAGCAUGAUAGCAUGGUGAUUUACUUAUGAAGUAUCACAGCAUAAGAAAAAAGGGAGUAAUUUUUUAAAGAAACUGUGUUGCUGCGUCGGUUAGAGAGUAUAACAAAGCAAUUUGGUAUUAUCAACUCAGUUGAUACCACCAAAUUAACCUGUUAUAGUUACACUUAGCCUCACUCGACUGCCUCUUGAUCACUAGCAUUUUUCGAGCUUCAGGAAGCUUUCUUGUUUUUUACCUCCACUCCUCAUUGGUUCCUUGAGUUAUUUCUCUUCUUUCCGAAAGGCCGUUUUAAUUGUUGUAGUUUGGUUUUUAGUUUGGUGUUUCAACUAUUUACUCUUUCAUAGUUGGUUCGUUCUCUUGCAACUCAAGCCAUGUCAAAUGCUUUAUACUUCUCGACUGGUUCCUUAUCACCGGAACAUUUCUUUCACUAUGGUCUCGCCUUGGAUCAUUACACGCAUUUCACUUCACCGAUAAGGAGAUAUGCGGACGUCAUCGUGAGUUUGUAAAUCUUUGUACAGUUUAUGUCUAACUUGUCUUCACUUUACCGUGCCAUUUGCAAAACCGAAAGUUUUAUUUGAUUGGCAGCUGACACGAGCAAGUUACAUCCGGCAAGAACAUAGCCGAGCCAUGAUUUUAGUUAUAACAUGCUUUAAAUUAUAUUUCUCUUUAGGCUUGCUAUUUUCAGUCGCUUCAUUCAACAGAGGUCUGGGAAUAAGCUCUAGCGCUUUCUGGGGCUCUCGGCUCGAGUGCAGAGUUACGCCUGUGACAAAUGCAGCCAAUGACUCUUCUCCCUCGUUCAUGAAGCUCAGCCAAAGAGGGACUUUUGAAUUUUUAUUUUCUUAUGAUAUAGAUGAUAGAUUUCAGUAGUCUGUAACAAAACAGAAGGAAGAGUAAAUAAACUUCAUGGGCUCUGAUAAAAUAGUUCUACACGUCAUCAACUUAUUCAAUAUAACAGAUCACUAAAACAUGAGAAGCUGCUGCUUCUCCGUUUAAAAGACUGUGAAAAUAAUGCACCCUCACGGGUGAUGGCCAUCUUUUCCAAAUAUCACAUAUCUAACUUCUAGUUGAGUAAAAGCUGUGAUUUUUCCGUUUAGAAAUGUUUAGAGAUUAAGUAAGUAAAGUCUUUUUAAAAUCUUUUGCUCGGUGCCUUUAUGAGUAUUGUCGUCAACAGGUUCACAGACUCCUUAUGGCAGCAGUUGAAAAUGACAAUAAUAAUCAGCUGCCAAGCAACAAAGAACUUCAAGAGACUUGUCAUCAUAUCAAUAUUAAACACAGGGUAUGGAUUCCAUUCGUUAUAAAACGUUUUAUCGUCUUUGUAACUCAUCAGGCGAGUAAAAAAGAGCGUCAUGUUUUCCUUAAAAAAAUCUAACGUCAAAGACUUUUGUGCAUUUAAGCGAAAGAACGCAUUUUCCACUAGUUAAACGGAGGAAAAUUGGAAGAACACAGAAAACUUUUUUGCAAUAUGUUUCUUUCCAUGUUUCAUUAGUUAGGUUUUUGAUCAUUAAGAGUGCACGUCGUACAUGCACUUAGCUUUUCUAUAAACCAAAAAUUGCCAUAAAACAACAUUUUCCUCAAUGAAUUUCGCAAAACAUUUUAACUGUUAACAAACCAUAGUUUCAACUUCGUCGUAACACCUGUAUUGAGAAAGUUACUAAUCCCCCAUUUUUCAACAAGGCUUUUUGAUAUAUAUGUUAAAAUUUCUACGCUUUUUUCCUCGUCAGGCUGCUCAGAACGCCCAGAAGGAAUCUGUGGACCUUUUUCAAUGCUUGUUUUUCCAAGAUUUAUCUGAAGACGAUGAGAGACGAAACUGUGACGCUGUUAUUUUCAGCCUCAGAGCCAAUGGUUUCCUAGUAUUGGUUCCUCGGUAAAUAUUAAUUUACAUUCUCAUAGUGGAUGAAGCUAAAGAUGACUUGUAACUCCCUUUUGAUGUUCCUUGGGUUAAACUGUUGAAGUGGGUGUACCCUUACAAAUAUCCGGUGAUACAGUUCGUUGUUAACUUGUUUAGGAAGUUUGGUAUCAUAUACAAUCUAUCUCUUAUAGCUGAUAACUUCCUUCAUUCUCAUUAAAGGUCUUCCAAAGAUUUUCUAUAAAAAAAAAAAAGAAGGAGAAUUUACAUCCCUAUCACUCCCGCGACUCAAAGAGUUAGAGUGGUUUUUGCGAUAUUUGAAGAGUGAGAAAAUUUUGAUAUUCAAGUGUCGAAUUGAACAGAAACGCCUAAUUGCCAGUAUGUUUUUCAUCUUGAUAGGUGAAAAAUGAAAGAGGCAGGUAGUAAUUCUUGACGAACUAACGCUACAUUCUUAAACGUUUAUGCUUCUCAAAGCGGUCCUGAACUUCAAAUUAAUAGCAGCUUUUCCACUCAAUGUAUAAUCCCAUACACAUGCCUAACAUCAGGAAAUCAAGGGAUAAAAUUUUAUUUGCUCAGCGUUUCCCUUUGUUAAAGGUUACCUUACAUUAUAACUUUGUUAAAGUAAUUGAUUUCUUAUUGAUGAUUUUUUCCCUUUUCAGUUAUGGUUUAAAAGGUCCAGUCUAUCUCAAGGACAAAACAGGACAAGUAGUAACUUCUCACAUAACAGAGGAAUCAGUGUAUUUUGGCCCAGGUCAGUAAAUUCGUUCUUCAGUUCCGUCUAGGUUUGUGUAUCGGUGAGCUUAUGAGACCUCCUCUGAUUUACGUCAUUGCCUAGUUUUUAUCGGCGUUCUCGUUUACUCGACUUAUCAAAACCGCCAGUGGUUUAAGUCCAGUGUUCCUUUGAACGGUUAUGGAGCGGGAAUCUUCUGCCAAGCAGUAGUUUCAAAAUUUGUCGACAAUGAAUCUCAUAAAAUCCCUUCCCUCAUUUCCUGUUACCAGUUAAUCAUAGUCGUUAUAAUUUCUGGAAAAAAAUACAUUUAGGACAAAGACCUCCGGUAGAGACAGUGUCUUAAGUAAAAUAUACCUCCAUUUUGGAAAUUUCCUAGUUUUUUUCCUUUUUAACUUUACGCUCUAUUUAUUCGUCAUGUUCAAUAACGAAAACAAUAUAACUACAACCAGUGCUAAAGAGUUUUUAUGAAUAGUUAUAGACCUACCUUACAAUGUGAUCGUACACAGAGAAGUGAAACUGAUUUUUGUGUCAAUUUUUUUACCCUCAAAGGAUCGCUUUCCUGUCACGAAUUUCACAUCACAGUUAAGAAUGCAGUGGGAUCAUUUGAUUUUCGACUAUUUGAUCACGUCCAGGUUUGCUUAAACUCUUUGAGCCGGUUAUUUAAAAGAAGGUCCAACCCAUACCGCGGUUUUACGCAAUCAGUGGGCCUCGGGUAUUCUCUGUGAGAGGGUUGCUUAAAUUGAAUAAACAUCCUUCCACUACCAGCUUUCGGCCCUUUUGACACUAUUCGCAGAAAUGGCUUUUCUGAUAAAAGGUGCGGCCAAAUUGAAGAUUUUAAGUUUAGAACCUAGUGUUGUUAAACAACGGUUAAACUUUGUUUAGAUAACCGGCACUAACUCGCCCGUAAUGUACAUAUUGUACAAAUGUACAAAUGCCAAAUCCAAAACAAGAUAAGCUAAGCCUAUGUUAGAGUAAUUUUUUUCAUGUAAUUUGAUAGCUUGUUAAAAAAAUCGUUGUUGUUUAUAUUCUGUCGCCCUCAGCUUGGCCUACCCUAGUCUAAACCCCAUAAGACGUGGUUAGCAGCAAUAUGCUUUACGUUUGUAUACGAAAAAGGUUAAAACCGAUUCAAUUCUAAUCCCGCAUAAGGUCUAAACGACUGUCUAACAACCGACUCCUACAUGAAAGUUUUUUUGGAAUAUCUUAAUUAUUUCUUUUUAAGGUGCGAAUUUCCGUCGCCGAAGCCCGUGCGCAUGCUCAGUCCUUGAAACUGGACCUUUUGUCUAUGGAAACGAGACAGAGUCCUCCACCGGGUGAAAUGGAAUCUCAAGAUGAAGAUUCACACAAAAUGAAAAGGAGUGAACUUAUUAAGGUAUCGUUCGUGAUGAUUCUCUUGAAUAUUUAGUUAUCACUUUGUCUCGUGCGGGAAUGAUUUGCAUAACUUUUUUGUGUCGGUUAGGAGGUAAAGUCGAGCCGAAAUGACCAGGACAAAGUUGUUGGAACCCGGCAAGGUCUUGACAGUGACUUUGCCAAACUCAAAUCCGAGUUUGGCCAAACGCACGAGAGUGUGAGCUUAUACUGUCUAAUGGAAUUCUUCAGAGAAAUGUCGCUGAGAGAUGAUGAUGUUUAAGAAGAGAUGAUGAGUAUAACUUUUCCGUUAGACUUUUCUGCCAUGCAUGAAAGCUUUUUAAGCAACAACAUUACUAAAUGCACCGACUCUAGCUUGAAAUCUAUAAAAACCCUUCUGCUGCAAAACCCCUCUAUAAUUCAAUUGUCGUAGGCGAAACAUUGUAAGUUUGUAUUGUGAACUGUCGCAAAAAGGCUCUAAGAUCAAAAGACAAACAGAUGCGAAAACCAAUAUUAAUUGCAGCUGAAAGACUCAAUUAUCCCAUUUAUGUAGCCUUGGCUUAGUGUAAGCUUGGAAGGGAACAUAUUCCCAACACCUUGUAAAAUUUUCUGUCACUGCCUAACGAACUGCUCACUGAAAUGUGUGUAACAGUCGCUCCUUUAAGAUUUUAAUAAACAUGAUUCACUCGGAAUUUUUCAACAAUCUGUUUGCUUUUUCUUAUCAUUAGUUUUAAUUUGCG